AUGGAUGUUUGUGUCAAAAUAUUGGUGAUAAUAGUUCUGAUAACAAGCCCCGCUUCAUAUAUCUGUCCUUUUGUUGACUUAUGCCGGACAAUUCGCAUAUGUUUCGAAACAUCUUGGUGCAGUCGAUGCUUCCACCUCAGCGAAUCUAUAUCUAAUAGGGCGCUUCAGCACGUAUUUGCGGUGUUAUCGUUGUUCGCUUCAGCUGUAGGAAGUCAGGCAACCAUUACAGCUGGAUUCUCGAUAAUAAACCAGUGUCAGGCAUUAGACUGUUUUCCCAGGGUUAAAAUCGUCCAUACGUCCGAACAAAUACUCGGCCAAGUUUACGUACCCGAUGUGAACUGGCUGUUCAUGACUUUGAGCAUAGCAAUCACCAUCGGCUUGCACGACAUUGCACAACUUGGAAAAGCCACAGGUUUGGCGGUUAUUUCCGGCAUGAUAGUGACAACCUGCCUAAUGUCGCUCGUAAUCGCACUAUACUGGGAGAAGAGCCUCUUCGCCUCCGCAUGUUUCCUCGUCUUCUUCGGCUCAAUCGAGGCAAUGUACCUCUCCACAAGCUUAGUGAACUUCUUCCGCGGUGCGUGGUGCCUAAUUAUCCUCUUCCUCUUCUUCACCACAAUAAUGUCCGCAUGGCACUACGGAACCCUAAAAAAGUACCAAUUCGACGUCGAAAACAAAGUCUCCAUCGAUUGGCUAACAAACUAUAGCCCUAGCCUCGGGGUUUCUCGAGUGCCCGGUAUAGGGUUUAUCUACUCCGAUAUCGAAAUGGGGAUUCCCGCCUUCUUCUCUCACUUCAUCACAAAUUUACCGGCUUUCCACCAAGUGUUGAUUUUCGUCUCGUUCAAGUCUUCGCCGGUGCCUUAUAUACCUCAUAACCGGAGGUACCUUAUCGGGAGGGUGGGCCCACGGGAAUAUAGGAUAUACCGUUGUAUUGUCCGUUAUGGGUACCGCGAUAGCGUGAGAGAUACUGACGAUUUCGAGGACCACAUUAUCAGCUCGAUCGGAGAAUUUAUCGCGAGGGAGGAAUACGAUUACGAGUCACUAAAUUCGGCCGAGGGUAAAAUGGUAAUUUUGGGGAGUUUAAUGGAGGACGGAGGAGCGGCGUUGAUUCCCGUUGAGGAGAUGGGUUCGAGCGUGUGCUCCCCGAUCGUCGGAGGUGGGAGCGAGUCGCGGCGGAACCUUCUAGAAGGUUCUUCGGGGAGUGGCAAUAGUGAUAAUCGGGGUGGCGUUAGUAGGAAGAGGGUCCGGUUCAUGUUGCCACCGAAGAGUCCGCAGAUGAGGGAUUCGGUGAGGGAGGAGCUGCAGGAGAUUAUUGAUGCUAGGGAAAGUGGGACCGCUUAUUUCUUGGGGCAAUCGCAUUUGCUUGCAAGAAAGGGGUCGAAUUUGUUGAAGAGGUUGUUGAUUAUGGUUUAUGUGUUUCUUGAUAGGAAUAGCAGGGAGCCUCCGGUGGCGCUGAACAUACCUAACGCUGCUUUGUUGGAAGUCGGUACGGUUUAUACGAUUUGAUGAAAUCGGGUUUUUUUUGUGUAUAAGAGGAUAUAUACAUACAUGUGCGAGGCUUUGUGUCUUGUUAUAGUUAGUAUAUGUGCUAGUCCGUUGAUGAAUAUUUUGGUUUACAUUAUAGAGAAGGUGGUGGUGUGCUCAUGGUUCUU